GAACUGUUGGGACAUCAUGGGCAACUGCCUUGGGCACCGGCGUAGCCGUAGCCGGUGGAGUGACAACCGCAUCAGCUGGCGGAGCUGUGGCAAGCACAGGAAUCACAGCCACACUGCUGGCCGCCUUGCCCGUCCUCGGCUUGGGUGGUGUUGGUGCAGCGGCAGUUGCUGGUGUCGCAUUCAUUGCUCGGGAAGCGCUUUCGUCUUCUGGUGUCUUUUCCAUGGAAACGGCAAGCGUCAGCUUCCAGCACAAGCGGCCGAAUAAGAUUUCAAAGAGCAAGAAGCCGAAAGCCCACAUGGUUGUCACGAAGCCUAAAAGCGUUCAUCGGCCAACUCUCCUGGAGCGCCGCCGACGCUCAACUAGUGCAACACCAAUAGCAUCUGCAACGACUGCAGAGUCCAGA